AUGUCUGGCAAUCGUGUUAGUGCUCAAUUAAUAAUUCCAGUAGAACAUCAAUGUGAUUUAUCAAGUGAUAGAAGAUGUGCUGAACAACAAGCACAUGAUAGUGCCAAAUCUCAUCGAUAUGAAUCAAACAAGUCUCAACUAAGUCCUAUUGAUCAAAACCAAUGCAAUUGUUCAUUAGAUUCACUUUGUGUUGGUAUUGUAAAUAAUCGAUCGAUUUGUCUUUGCCCUUUAACCAAGAUGUCACCCCCGACGUUUUCUAGAUUCGAUUUGCAAGAAGAAUAUGUGUAUGAAUGA